GCGUAUCAACACGGCGUGGCUCAAAACGUGCGGUUAUGUGGCCGAUAAUCCGAUGCAACAUCUCAACCCAUCCUCAACACUCACAUACUUGGGGUCUCAGCUUUGUAUGCAGAGUCUGUCGCAAGCAUGUCGGCACGUCGACAGAAGCGCGCAAGAGCGAGCGAUACCGCGAUGGAUGGCACGACAAAAGAGAGCCUUGCCAUCCAAGUUGCUCCACGCCGUGCACUGCGAGGGAGGCGAGGUGGCCUGAAAGACUUGCUAGAGAUGCCUGAUGAUGUACUAUUUGAGAUCCUCAAACUUCUACAUCCCAAAGGCCUCUUGAAUCUGGCAAGGGCUACCAAACCAUUCCAUGGUUUCUUAAUGAGUCGCAAAUCAAUGCACAUCUGGAAAAGCUCGCGGAGCCUGAUCGAUGGGCUGCCGGACUGUCCGGAGCAUCUGAGCGAGCCCGCGUAUGCCAAUUUGCUUUUCUUUUCACACUGCCAUAGAUGCCUCAAGGGCAGCAUCAAUUCGGUGCUGUGGGAGUUUUCCGUGCGCUAUUGUAAGGCGUGCAAGAAUGACAUGGCCAUCCCACAGCGCGAGCAUUCUUAUACCAUAGCGAUGCUGGACAGAUCUCUACCAUCGGAGAUUUUCAACAAGGUCCAAUUCCGCUCCUCCGGCGAACUCUAUCAUAGGCCGCAACUGGAGUGCUUCGUCGAUGCUUGGAACGGUCUGCCGAAGGACGAGCAGUCACGCCAACAGCUCAUAUCGAAGUUUUCGGAGAAAACAAGGCGCAUUGCAGAGCAUGCAGCGGCAUGCCGUGAAUGGCAUGAAGAGCAGCUCAGUGCUCGAGCAACGGAAUUUUAUGAGAUCAGGCGUGAACGCUACGAAGCUAUUGUCGCACGUUUGCGUGACGACGGAUGGGGAGAUGAGUUGGACAAUGGGAGUUUUACCCUUAGAUUGAAACUGGAGAAAUGUGAUCGCUCGUGGAUUCCAAGGCCGCUCACUGAACGAGGAUGGAUCAAGAUCCGCGGUGCUCUUCGCGCAUGUAUGCAGCAGGAGAGGGAUGCACGUAUAGAGAGGGAUGCACGCGAGCAGCAGGAGAGGGAUGCGCGUAUGCAGCAGGAGAGGGAUGCACGUAUGCAGCGGGAGAGGGAUGUGCACACCCGCGUGGAGCAUGAUCUGACGAUCACAGUGCGCUUGUGCAUCCUACAGCAGGUGUCAAACCAACUACUGUCCGCUCCUCCCUGGACGGCAGCAUGCGCGUACCGCCUGCUCCCACACGACCUUCCGUACGUCCCAGAGAUCAGAGCACUCAUCGAGGCCCCCACUUCAUGCAGUAUCCCUGCGUACAUGUUCUCCUCCUUGCGUAAAAUUGUUCUCAGCCACUCCAUGGACUGGCAACAGCACGCCACCGAGCAGCUCAUAAACCUGCUGCCCGGCGUGUCUGCCGCUGAAGGCGUCGACGUGCUCGAGCUCGCCGUGGUCACUUUUUGGUGCACGGAAUGCCUGCAGAUCCUCUUCCACCGAUACGUGCUCGCACAUAUCUGUCUGCGUGCGGAGCGCAUCGGCAUCGAACAGGACGUCUUCCUCGACGGUCGGGUGGUCCCACCGGUAUGGUCAGCUUCUCGCGUCGCUGCAUCACCCAACAUGCAUCAGUUGCGUGCGCUGGUUGAGAUGUGCGGUUGGGACCCGGACAGCACCACCGCACAGGAGAUGGAUGAGUACGACAUCAGAUACGCCUGCCCCUGCGUCGACGGUCGCACAAUGGUGAUGAGGUGGCGCAAAGCGGUCGAGAUAACCGUUGGCUGUGGGGAGGGCGCGCCCAUGCCGCAAUUCAGGCUUGCAACAGCCGAAGAGAUCGAAGACGCGAUACAAGAUGAGGCGCACGAGAGGUGGGGUCUGGAGGCGCAGACCGCCGAGAAGCCCUUCUGGUGCUGCUCGCAGUGCACUCCACGUGCAGAGGAUUUUACGACGCUACAGGGGGUCAACGAGCAUUACCGCCAGAAACAUGGGGGAAUAGCAUUGUCAACUGCGGAGGCCGACAUGGCGUACCUCCACCCGAGCGGCGGGCCCAUCGUCCCUCAGCCCGUCACGCUACCCCUUCUUCAUGAGGAGCCCGGUGAAAACGAAACCGCGGAGGGUUCGAGCACGCACUAACGUUCCCAGUCGGCAUACGAACCUACGGACUUUGAACCUAGAUUCUCGUCGGCAGAGCUCGAUCUCGCUGACCGGUUCAAUGUUGACAACUAACUAAGAAGAGACUAACAGACUAACGAGUGACAAGUAUGGGAUCAUCAUUGCAACGCCGAUAUUAUGGGUUAUUUUCUGACACCGAAGCAUCUCGCGACAACAAUUAUUUGCCCGUAUAUUUUUUCGCGGUAUCGUAUGUACGAAUGGCUCGAUGUGCAAGGUAUCGUCGAAGGCGAGAAUGACAUUCGCGGAAUCUGGUGCACUACAGUAGUCCGCAGAUCAGACGUUUCUUGACUCUGAACAGGUAUGUCUGACCUAUGCUGGAAAUUAUACAGAAACAUACAUUGCAGCCUGUAUGCAAAUGGU